AUGGCAGAGGCACGAUUCGAACCCGGGGCUCUGGGCUCCCCAAGCCCGCGCUCUCCUCCGCCGCCCGCUCCUCAAUCCUCUCGGCCUGGGACCCUGCCGCGGGCUCCGUGUCCCCCCAACUCCAGCACCCAAGGGCCGCCGGGCUCAAAGCCCCGCAGCGCCGCUCGAGGGGGCGCGCGCGGCGAAGGAGCAGGUCUGCGUGGCCCCGGGCGCGGCCGGGGAACCGGAGCGCAAGGCGGGGGAGGAGCAGCCCAAGGAGCCGGUCCCGGCGACACCCAGCGCGGCCGAGGAAGGAUCAAGGGCCGCAGCUGCAAGCGGAGCUCGGGCCAGCCCGACGAGUACUGCUCUCUGCGGCCGGUCACCGUGGACAGCUCCAAGGCCAGGACCUCCCUGGACGCCCUGAAGAUCAGCAUCCGCCAGCUCAGGUGGAAGGAGUUCCCAUUUGGCCGACGCUUGCCUUGUGACAUCUACUGGCACGGAGUUUCAUUUCACGACAAUGACAUAUUCUCCGGUCAAGUGAACAAGUUUCCAGGCAUGACGGAGAUGGUGCGGAAAAUUACACUGAGCAGAGCUGUGAGAAUCAUGCAGAAUCUCUUUCCAGAGGAGUACAACUUCUACCCUCGCUCAUGGAUUCUGCCUGACGAGUUCCAGCUCUUUGUGGCUCAGGUUCGAAUGGUGAAAGAUGGGGACCCCUCCUGGAAGCCCACCUUUAUCGUGAAGCCUGACAGUGGUUGUCAGGGAGACGGGAUCUACCUCAUCAAAGACCCCAGUGACAUCCGCCUGUCGGGGACGCUCCAGAGCAGGCCGGCAGUGGUCCAGGAGUACAUCUGCAAGCCCCUGCUCAUCGACAAACUCAAGUUCGACAUCCGUCUGUACGUCCUACUAAAGUCUCUAGAGCCCUUAGAGAUCUACAUAGCCAAAGACGGACUCUCUCGGUUUUGUACGGAGCCGUACCAAGAGCCCAGCCCCAAAAACCUGCACCACAUCUUCAUGCAUUUGACCAACUACUCCCUGAACAUCCACAGCGGGAACUUCAUCCAUUCGGACAGUACUAGCACAGGCAGCAAAAGGACUUUUUCUAGCAUUCUCUAUAGGCUGUCCUCCAAGGGUGUUGACAUCAAGAAGGUCUGGUCCGAUAUCAUCUCCUUGGUGAUCAAGACCGUCAUUGCCCUGACCCCAGAACUCAAAGUGUUCUACCAGUCGGACAUCCCCGCAGGGAGGCCAGGCCCCACCUGCUUCCAGAUUUUAGGCUUUGACAUUCUUCUCAUGAAAAAUCUGAAGCCUAUACUACUUGAAGUAAAUGCAAAUCCCAGCAUGAGAAUUGAACACGAGCAAGAACUCUCUCCAGGGGUGUUUGAGAACGUCCCCAGUCUUGUUGAUGAAGAAGUGAAAGUGGCCGUGAUCAGAGACACUCUGCGUCUCAUGGACCCACUUAAAAAGAAAAGAGAGAGCCAGUCUCAGCUGCUGGGGAAGCCAUUAGCCUCAAAAGAAAACCCUCCACACAGCGAUCUGGCCAGCGCCUCACGGGGCAACGCCAACCCCGACGCCCACCUGCCCUCCAUCUGCCUCAAGCAGGUGUUCCCCAAGUACGCAAAGCAGUUCAACUACCUGCGCCUGGUGGACAGGAUGGCAAACCUGUUUAUCCGCUUCCUGGGGAUCAAGGGGACGAUGAAGUUGGGACCAACAGGCUUCCGUACCUUCAUCAGGAACUGCAAGCUCAGCAGCAGCAGCUUGUCCAUGGCCGCGGUGGACAUCCUCUACAUCGACAUCACGAGGAGGUGGAACUCCAUGACCAUGGACCAGCGGGAUUCAGGGAUGUGCCUGCAGGCCUUCGUGGAGGCCUUCUUUUACCUGGCUCAGAGGAAGUUCAAGAUGCUGCCGCUCCACGAGCAGGUGGCCUCGCUGAUCGACCUGUGUGAAUACCACCUGUCCUUGCAGGACGAGAAGCGCCUGGUGUGUGGCCGCAGCGGCAUAUCGUCGGGGAGCAGGCUCCAGCCCAGCGCCACCCCGCAGGAGGCCGCGCCCCCAGCCCCGCCGGCAGAGGGCCGGCCCCAGCCCUGCACAGACGGCGCCCACAAGGUCUCCCACUCCAGACACACUCUGUCCUGA